AAUUACAUUGUUUAACCAUCUAAAAUGAUGGUAACUUGUACUGACUUUGUAUUAGUCAUCAAUUUCAGGCGAGAAGCACGUGAGGCAGCUUUUUACGAACGAAGAGAAGAGUUGCGUGACUGGGAGAGCAAACUAGAAGAUGGAGAAGAAAGACUGUCUGGGCUUAGGAGAACCCUCCACCAGAGAGAGGAAAAGUCACAUGAAAAUGACAGGAUUAUGAAGCAGAAAGAGAGGAGUUGUGAGGAGGUGCAACGGAGGAUUGAUUUAUCCAACUUGGAGUUGAAGGAGAGGAAAGACAGUGUAAAUAAAAGAUUAGUAGACUUGACUCUCAAAGAAAAAGUCAAAGCUGGCACUUUGAAAACUACCCUAGAGGCAAAAGAGAAGGAACUACUUGUAUUGGAAGAAAGGCUUGCUGCUAGAGAAAGGGUGGAGAUUCAAAGUCCUCUUGAUAAGCAAAGGUUCAUUUUAAAUACAAAAGUGCAGGACUUUGAGUUGGAAUUGGAAGAAAAGGGGAAGUCUCUUGACAAGGAAUUGAGAAGCAAAGUAAAUGAAGUGGAUCAGAGGGGACUUGAAAUUAAUCACAGUGAAGAAAAGUUAAGAAAACGAGAGCAAGCAUUGGAGAAGAAGUUAGAAAAUGUGAAAGAGAAAGAAAAGGAACUUGAAGCAAGGUUAAAAGCUGUCAAUGAGAAAGAGAAUUUGAUAAAAACUGAGAAUAAGAAGCGGCAGUUAGAAAAGCAACAAUUGUAUAACGAGAAAGAGAUCUUGCAGAUUAUCAAAGAGGAGAUUGAUAAGAUAAAGGCUGAAACCAGUCAGCAGGAGCCUCAGAUUCGUGAAGAGUGUGAAAAGGUUGAAAUUGCUUUGGAAGAGAGCUAAGAGCAUAUAAGAUAUCAAUCCAAAUUGAAACAGCAAAUUGACAACUAUAGAUGUCGAGAGGAAUUGCUUUUGAAGGAAUGUAAAGAUCUUAAACAGGAAAGGAAAAAUUUUGAAAAAGAAUGGGCAGUUUUGGAUGAGAAGAGAGUUUUAAUUGGUAAACUGCAGAGAGAAUUUGGGGAAGAAAAGGAGAAGUUUGAAAAGUUGCGGAUCUCAGAAGAAGAAAGUUUGAGAAAGGAG